UUUCCCCCUUCCUUGCUAAUUCACAGCAUGUUUUUGACCUACUGAAGUUCACUGAAAGGCAAAUAUAAACCCCUGUUGGGGGAUGUGCAGGUCUCUUCUUCCUCAAACUUCCUGGAAGGGGAGCAUAUUCACACAUGGAAGGUUAUGCUAUCUGCAGCCAAAAAAAAAAAAUCAAAGUAAACUGGACCCUUUAACACUGGAUAUGCAUUUGUUGUAUUUGUCAUUUGACUCUCCUUGAACUCCCUAACAGUAUGAAGUCUCUUAAACACAAGGCAUGCCAGACGUCAUGGUAGCACCUUUGCUGUGAAGUUAGGAGUGCUUUCUUAAAAGGGAGAAGAUCCUGUGCAAGCACAGUAGUAAUGUCCUUGUCAGAAUGACCACCCAAGCCCCGCGCCUGCCAACCAAAUGGACCAGUUUUUGCUCACUCUCACAGUUAUUUCCUUCUAAUGUCUACAGAAAAACUGAGAAGUUCAAGACCGCAGGCUGUUCCCACAGACAUCAGUGGCAGUAUUCAUUCAAGUGAAAGAGGACUGAGCCUUGGAUGCCCACGGCUGGCAUAUGUUCUCCUCCCACACACACUCUAGGCUGGUAGCCCAGUGUGCUUGUACAAGCUGCCCGUGUUGUUCUACAAGCAAUGCAGUUACAUCUACAAAAUGAGGGAGCACUAACAGUGACAAAUAAUUAUUGGCAAAACAUUUUCAGAAGCUGUCAUCUCCGUUUUCAUAUUUUAACAAAGGGACUGAACGCCACCUGCUCCGUACUAUCAAGGUUUAGCACACAGCAGCCUGAGAAGUGAUGACAGCACGUGACGAGUUCACUGUAGGUACAAUCAAUUCACAUUCACUUUUCUCAAAAACUUCUGUAUGUUAGCAUACAGCAAUCUUAGAGUUAACGUUGUGUAUGUUAUGUAUUAACUGAUGUGUUUUGUAUUGUCUUUCUUUCUCUGGAUUAUUUCAGCCUCCUUACUUUGAGUUGCCCGUAAUGGUAUCCAAUGGGGAAAACAUGAAUCUCUGACACGAAGUGGGUAGCAUUCCACACACUCUUCAUAAACUUGCUACUCUGCUUGCUGCAGAAGCCCAACAGAGGAUUUUUCAAGCUGCUGAGCAUAUUUUCACAGAAAUAUCUACCCUCCAGAAAUCCUUCCUAACAAGAUACAUACAUACAUAUGAAAUCAAUCAGUAAGUAUAGUGAAGGUGGAUUUCCACACCGGUAUGACCUUUCAUUUACACGUGUUGAACUUCUCAUCACUUCAUCUACCGCUUACUACCACAGGAUUGUUUCAAACCACUGCAGCCAUCACCUCGUACUUGUUCCUGCCUGCAGCUCCAUGGCCUUGCUACCCCUUUCCUUUCUCGGGACACUCACACGUACGAACAGAGUAUGAAGCAGAACAGCCUCUGUGUCCAGAUAUUCCUGAAUCAAAACGACAAUCUGUGUCUUUGGAAGCAGGAAUGCUGCAGCCAUUAUGUAUGGAACAAUUUUACUCAGCCCCUGCAGCUGAUACUGUUGUCCAACAGUUGCUUCCCGGUCCCGAGGCAGCCCCCCUUCCAGAACCACCUGAUCCAAAAACGUGUUCUCCUCGAGAAUACUUAGAGUAUUACAUCUUUCCAGUGCUCUUACCCGGACUGGCUGAACUUCUACAUCAAGCAAAGAAGGAAAAGUGUUUUGAGAGAAAAAGGACGAAAUUUAUUGCCUGUGAUUUCCUAACAGAGUGGUUAUACAACCACAACCCAAAGAGGAAAGAUGAGUCAUUCACAGAAUUCUUUUCCAUUCCUUUUGUUAACAACUGGCUAAAGAUCCAUCCUAGACGACCAAUGCCUCUGUCUCUCCACCUAUCAGAAGAAGAAGCAUGCAUAAUAAUUCAGUCGUUCUGGAGAGGUUAUCGGGUCCGCUGUGAUAAGGAAGUACAAGAGCUACGUCAGUGGCAAAAGCAGUUCAGAGAGGAAGAACACAUUUCGGAAAGAGUGGAAGAAUUCUGGACUGAGCAGGAAGACAAAGCUUUCAUACAAGGAGGAAACCUUUAAAGUUCCUGCUAAAGCACUUGGAGGGAAAAUAUUUUCCUGACCCGACACUGUCACAAACAUGAGUGCCCUUUUCCUACAUGUCUGGUGUACAUCCAGAGGAAACAUCAAAACCAGAGGAAAACAACGAUACGUAGAGAUGAAAACAAAGGUAAAGUGCCUGGAUAGUCAUUGGCUGGGAUGCCAAAGUUCUCGUCUCAAUUACAGUGAAUAAAAAGCAGUUUGUGUAAUACCAAAA